AUGGCGUGUGAAACAACUUCCGAGGAGAAGUAUGCAAAUCAACAGCAACAACAGCAAACUGGCUCGACAAUAUUUCUCUCUUUGGAGCCCGAGACCUCGGAUGAGGCACAGCAACGGCUUCAGCGCGAUGACGGGCUUAUGGUACGCUGGGACGAGCCAGAAGACCAAGACCCACAGAACCCUAUGAAUUGGCGGCCGUUGGCGAAAUGGGCCAACAUCCUCACAAUAUCUUGUAAGUCGGAUAAUCAAUCCAUAUAUCUGGAAGCCUAUCCUCCAACGUCCUGUCUACUAGCCGGAAUCGUUAACAUUGCAAACAAGGCCCUCGUGUCAUCAAUGCUCGCGCCGGCAGUGCCACAGAUCAUGGUGGAGUUUGGCACCACCUCAUCGACGUUCGCGACCUUUGUGGUAUCCAUCUUCGUAUUGGGCUUCGCCUGCGGGCCGUUGCUGCUGGCACCGCUGAGCGAGCUAUAUGGACGCGUACCCAUCUACAACGCCUCGAACGCGUUGUUUCUAGUCGCCACCGUGUUGUGCGCUCUCUCGCGUGGCGAAAGCAUGCUGCUCUUUUCCCGUUUUCUGUCCGGCUUCGCCGGCGUCGCCACUAUCACCAUCGGCUCCGGGACCAUUGCUGACCUGAUUCUUCGAGAGGAUAGAGGAAAAUUUGCGGCUAUCGUCUCUGUCGGUACCAUCCUCGGUCCCAUGGUUGGCCCCGUCAUUGGCGGCUCCGUGGCGGAGAAUAUGGGCUGGAGGUGGAUGUUUUGGGUCAUCUCCAUCGUCAUCGGGGCCGUCUCCAUAAUUGCAUUUCUCAUCCUCAGAGAAACGUAUCCUCCUGUGCUGCUGGAGAAAAAAGCGGCGAGACUCCGCAAGGAGACGGGAAACCUCAGCUACCGGUCCAGCCUUGCCUCCAACUACACCCCCAGGGAGCUCUUCAGACGCAGUAUCAUCCGCCCAAUGAGGCUGCUCCUUUUCCGCCCAUUCGUCACCGUUAUAUGCGCUUAUGUUGCCGUACUAUACGGCACUCUUUACCUCCUUUUCGCGACUUACUCGUUUGUCUUCUCUGAGGUGUACGGUUUCUCCACCGUCGCCAUCGGCCUUGUAUUCCUCCCCGGUGGUCUUGGCACGCUUCUGGGCGCCUUCUACGUGGGAGUUUUCAGCGACCGGACGCUCAAGAGACGUGCUGCUGCCGGUAGGACCAACUUGCCCGAGGAUCGUCUUGCCCCCAUCAUCACGGUGCCCGGAGCUUUGACGUUUCCUGCGGGCAUGUUCGUCUAUGGCUGGUGUGUUGAAGGCCGAGUGCACUGGGCCGCUUCGCUGGCCGGCACGGCCGUGACUGGGUUUGGAUCGAUCCUUAUCUUUACGGGUAUCCAGACAUACCUCAUCGAUGCGUUCGAGGGAUACGCCGCCAGCGCUGUAGGCGCCAACGCAGUGUUCAGGGGUGUUGCGGGCGCGCUCAUUCCACUCAGUGGCCUGGGCCUGUACGAAGGUCUCGGAUGGGGAUGGGGGAACAGCUUGCUGGCCUUCUUAGCAUUGGCGUUUGCCCCUCUGCCGUUGGUGUACGGAGUGUAUGGUGCUAGGAUCCGCAGCAUGCCGUGCAACAAGGUGACAUUUUGA